GCCCGCCACCGUUUCCGGCUUCACACUCUUCUGCUUGCUUGUGUGUUAGUUUUGACGUCGCAUGAAUUUUAGCUGCUGUUGAGCUCCUCUGACUUUCACUGCACUUCGGGAUCGAUUAAGAUGGAGAAAACAGAUGCCACAUCGGAGCUCCAGUCAAGACUGUCGUCUCUGUCCGUCUCCUCUUUCUCUGGCAUCGCGUCCAAACCCUGUGACUCCCAGCAGCUGGACAGACUACAAAGCACAGAUCUUUCUCAACCCAUAAUCCACCCUGACAACCAGAAGCAGAUGGAUGACAACAGCAACACCAAAGGAUUACAGCAACCCACCAAGGAUGAACCAGCUGCAGAAGGAGACACUGUGGAAAGCAGCACAGCUGAAAAAUCCUCUGAACCCGGAGAGAGAAAAGCAUUACCACCUUUGCAGCCAGCCAACACAUGGACCACUGUGGCACUAAAAGAGCUGAAGGCUAAGCUGCGUCAAGAGAAAGACAGUGUGGUCACUGUUUACCGUGGAGACAUUAUGACCGUCCACGUACCUACCAUCCCAGAGGCCAAGCGUGUGUGUUGGGAGUUUGCUACAGAUGGAUAUGACAUCGGCUUUGGGGUUUACUUUGACUGGUCACCUGUUACCACCCGAAACAUAACGGUGCACAUAAGUGAAUCCAGUGAUGAUGAGGAUGAAGAUUAUGAGCUUGAAGCUGGACCUAUGGUUCCCGGAGAUGUGGAGAAAGGGUCUAAAACUGCAGCCAAGUCUAAUUUGGGAGAGAUCCUUCCCGUGUACCGUCAGGACAGUCACCUGGCUGUUCAGGGGGGUAGUCACAGUUUCCCAGGAGAAGGCACAUACCUCAUAAAGUUCGACAACUCCUACUCCUUAUGGCGGAAUAAGACUCUGUACUACAGAGUGUUCUACAGUGUCUGAGGAACCAAGUGCACGUCUGCAGAUGAAUGUUUUGAUAAUCUAUAUUUUGCAUCGCUUAUAUAUAUAUAACACUGUAUACAUCUUAUGUUAAUUCAUACACUGAUCUUUAUUUUGAUGCAAAUUUUAUUGUAUGGAUGCUAAACCAAACUCAGCCAAUCAGAUUUGUUCUAGUCUAUACAAAAGCUUGAGUAGAAGUGUGUAGCUUGGUCAGUGUGCAAAUGUAUUGUGUGUAUUUUUCAAAUGUGUGGAUGAGUUGUGAAUUGCCCAUAUACAUGUUUUAUAUUUGUUGUCUUGUCGCACCACAAUACACAACUGUUGCCUCAGUAAUCAGGUAGUAUAUUGGUUCAGGGAAAGAUGCUUAAGCAAAUGUAUGAAUUGCUCAGUUAUGUAUGGUGAAUAAAGAACCUGACUCAGGUGAUGAAUACUAAAGGAUAUUUUCAUAUUUAUAUUCAAUUCACAGACAAAACACAAUCAUUAAUGAUUCUGCUUUAAUUUACCUGAGAUGUAUUGACAUGUUUAUUGUUGUAACCUAGAGGUACCAUUUCUGUACAAUAUCUAAUCUAAUCUCUGUCUAAUCCAAAUACCAAUUGGGUUGCAGGGACAGAAGUGCAAACCCUCAGGCAUGCAUUCAGACUUACACCUUAUUUUAAAACCUGCAUAUACAACAUCCGUUAACUCUGUCACCAGGGAUACUGGCCAUAGCCUGCCUUUUUAUGACUUAAGUGCAAACUAUUUCCUGUUUCAAAAAGCCAAGUUGUAAUAUAACUAAUUCAAUAUUUACAUGACUCCCCAGGUAGCGUUUGGUGGAGGGGGUUGGGUUGUUUUGGUGCCUGUUUGUUUUCUGAAUGGUUAGGUUAUUGUAAAGGUUGACAAGCUACUAAACUUGUAUAGAAACAUCUUAUGUGCUGCUUUCUGUAUGAAUGAACAAUGAUUUACACAAAGCUCUGUUGACAAUCGAAGUGUUGUGCUGUAUUUCUCUGUUCAAUUUUUGUAAAGAAAUGUGUUGGUUUGAGGGAAAUAAUUACUAUAAUGUGGGCAUUUUACCAGCUUGAGGGAGUGUACUGUCCAUAAAUCUGCACAACCUCCUGGUUAUUUGCAUGUUUCCAAAGGGACCCUUUAACUGUGCUGCUGUAAUACACAAUAUUGUUGUUAUGCUUUUUUUGUUCGUCAUGUUGUUAGAGUUUGUGUUGUAUGAAUAUAUAAUUGAUCUUUUA